AUGGAAGCCAAUAAUGUCUAUGUGAUUCCGAAUCGAAGCAUCACCGAGCUGGUUGUCCAUGAAUCGCAGCUCAGUCAACGCAAAUUCCUUCUGGCACGCCCAACCACUGACUGUCCACUUGGUUGGUGCUGA